AUGCAUUCGCUUCCGCCUGAUGUCGCGGCUGAGAACAGAGGCCCUGCUAUGAUGGUAGUUAUAUAUUCAUUCACCGCCCUUCAUCCCUCACUAUCCGGCCGCCACCAGGCGACUCUGACCGUCGCCGAGUUCGAUCGUUCUGUAUUCUUCCUAAUGAUUGGCCUGGCCCCAGGCGUGCUAUCGCUUGCGCUACCCAAGUUUGCUGUCGUCAAUCGACUCAUCAAGGUGCUCUUCCCAUCACCCCGGCGCGUCCGGUUGCUUUGGGGCCUCGAAAUCGCAAACCUUAAACUGGCCCUUAGCAUAGCCCUUGGCUUCGGUGCUUGGUUGGUACACUGUCGCGAGCUACUCCAUGUUAAAUCUCGACGCAAACUGAUAUCUUCUCUUAGUGCUGGCUGUGCUGCUAUACGCAAGGACACGACAGUUCCAGGUAUGGGAGACGAAACGUUUGUCCGCGCCCCGUCCAUCCAGGACGAGACAUCUCAGCGGAACCAACAAGCCAGUCGAAAUACAGAAGCGGAGAACAAGCGACGAGGUGGAAGAACGCGUGGAGGCCGUCCUGCUCCUCAAGGAACCAGGCCAAGAUGA